AUAUGGUCCUGUCCUUUGCCAAAGCUUCGCUUUCUUCUUUGUCAUCUUUUCUUCUUCUAUUUAUAUGAAGUCUGUCUUCACUCCUCUUUUUAAGGAAUGGGAACAAGAAAAUCUGGAAGAGUCGUGAGGGGUAUGGACGACAAGUAUAAGAAUGAGAUGAUGGAAGAAUGGGAAGAGGAGGAUGAUGGAACUUAUGUGGAGGAUAGUAGGAAGAAGGCAACAAUGGGAAGGAGGGGCUCGGUCAGUGGAGGACCCACACAACCUUUUUGCCAGGUGGAAGAGUGCACCACCGAUAUGAGUAGGUCCAAAACAUAUCAUCGGCGACACAAAGUAUGUGAGGUUCAUGCUAAGGCUCCAAUUGUUGUUAUUGGAGAGCGUCAACAGCGCUUCUGUCAGCAAUGCAGCAGGUUUCAUGACCUAACAGAAUUUGAUGACGCCAAAAGGAGUUGCCGUAGGCGCUUGGCUGGACAUAAUGAACGAAGACGUAAAAGCUCCUAUGAAUCCUAUGGAGAAACUUCUGGAUGAUAGAGAAAAGUAGCACCUUCAGAUGAUGUAAGGUUCUUAGAGAACACUAAGGAAGCACAUCACCAACUUCUGAUCAAAUAAGACUUAUAAUUAUAUCCAGUAGCAUGCUCUCUCUCUUCUGUCAGUCCUUCGACUUUAUUAACUAUCGGUUAUUUAUG